CUCCGCCUAUUCUUUUCAGUCCAUACUCAAUCGUCCAGUCCUUCCUCUAGGGUUUCUCUGAAGGUUUUCUAGGGUUCUAAUUCUCAGUUUGUUCUCUACGUUUCUCUCUCUUAACAUCUAUCAAUCAUGGCAACGACAACAACAGAGACGAAGAUGCUCACAUUGUGCACCUCCGACAAGCAACACUUUCAGAUCGCAGAGACGAUCGCUAUCCAGGCCGUGACGAUCAAGAACAUGGUCGAAGACGACUGCGCUUCCAACGUGAUUCCCUUGCCCAACGUCAAUAGCAAAAUUUUGAUUCAAAUCAUAGAAUAUCUCAAUAAGCAUGCAGAUUCAUUGGUUUCGAAGGAAGAUAUGCAGAAAUUCGAUUCUGCUUUUGUCGAAAAGGAACUCUCGGAGAUCUUUGAUGUAAUCUUGGCUGCGAAUUAUUUAAACAUCAAGGAUUUGCUGGAUAUUUGCUGUCAGAGAGUUGCUGAUGUGAUGAAGAAUAAGUCGCCGGAGUGGGUUCGCCGGACAUUCAACAUUGUGAAUGAUUUCACGGCCGAGGAAGAGGCGAAAAUCCGCAAGGAACACGAAUGGGCGUUUGAAGGAGUAGACGAAGAUUAAUUUUGCUUAUAUUGAUUGAAUUCUGUUUAGGGUUUUGUUGAUAGUGGACUAAUGUUUUGGCAUUUUUUUUCCUGCUUUAUUGAAAAUAGGUCAUGUUACUGUGUUAGGUUGCUUUGAAAAAUUGUGAAUUUGUUCUGAAAUCAUAAAUUUAUGGAAAUUAGGUCAUGAUGAAGUGCU